AUGAUUGAUGACAUGGAAGAUGUUCCAUUGUUUCUGACUCCUGUCACAAAAAGUGAAGGUGGUGACAACCCUGCUGAACCGGGAUCAAAAGAAUUGGAGAAAUUUUUACAGCGACAAGCACCAUCUUUGAAGGGAGAUGAGAAAGUUGGAAAUCCGUUAGAUCCUUUCCAAAUGAUCAAACUCUUCACAUUCGGAUCCGCGAAGAAAAUAAUUUUAGAACAAUCUCGUCUCCAACCAAAUUCUGAGAAAGAACUAAUCAUAGUUUCGUUCUCAAAGAUGGAGCACAAAGUCUCAAUUAUCUCCAAGCAGUUUCCUGACACAAAAUGGAGCAUUAUGAUCAAAGGACAAGAUUCAGUAUUAUCAAAUAGUUCCUUUAAGUUUGAUUCGUCACUCAAAUGGAACACAUUCACUGAAUUGAAACUGAAAAAUGAUUUGGCCAAGGAAGGAACCAGCAAAAAUGAGGAAAAGUUCCUUCAAAUUCUAACUCUCGAUGUCAUCACUGCAACAUCUAAAUUGUUCGAUUUCAUUUCUGAAAUGUAUGGGAGCGUCGACAGUCGCUUGCGAUUGAUGUACGACCUUAUCGAUAAUGGAUUAGAUGAGAUUAUAAAUAUUUUCGUCGAAAAAUCGAACAUGGUUCAGUACGAGUUCUUUUCUUUUGAUGAAAAAGAGACUCUCCUGAAACCACUUCUCCGCAAACUCAACCAUCCCAAAGAACUCACUGUUCUGUCACAAAGUUAUCCAGAUUUCCAAUAUCAUAUCGAGCUCAGGAAUGUUCUUCUGGAAUCUUUCAUUAGCUAUGGCGCGAGUUUUAUGAAACUAGAUGAAAUCAUGAAUAUCAAAUCUGAAAAGAUCUGCUUGUUCGAGGUGAAUCUGAACCAAUUCGAUUUGGGAAUUAUAAUCAAUGCAUGGAUGCUUGGAUGGAACCCGCAAUGGAAAGCACUGCUCAUGAUGAUAGACAAUAAUUAUCUAGAAAUUGAGUCACUCGUUGAAGGAAAAUGUCUCCCAAUGCCCGUUUCCGAGGACUGGGGUUUCCUCGAUCGGAAUCCUCAGUUCCCUCUCAUCAAAUUUGAAAAAGACGAGCAAAUUGGAUAUCGACGAAGACGUGAUGAAGAUGGAGCAGCAAUCACUUUUUCAAUCCGUCAAUACAAUGUUUUCAAGAUAAUAUUAAGCCCAGCAGAGGCUACCAAUAGCUACACUCAAUACGAUGAGUGGUUCGAUACAACAAUUAAACGAUUCAUGUCCGAUGACGACUGA